GCACUGCAAGCCACAAGGUGGAGAAGCGAGUCGCCGAUUGGCCAGCCCCGGAUUGCCGCUGGGGCAAGUGAGCGAUCAGCCUUUUGCAGCAACGGGGGAAAGGAGCAUGAGCUGAUCUCCCACCGUCGUUUCUCCAGGAGCUGCUGCAUGCUCUUUGGCAGCAGCAGGAGUGAGAAGUGGAGAAGGAUAAAGGUGCCUUCCGACUCCCAAGCGUGCAUGCUGAUCUCUGCAACUUGACAUCGGAGCUACUCUUGCCAUCUGGGACUACGCGCCCUGAAGCAGUUGCACAGAAGAACGGAGGAGAAAGAGGAGGCACUUUUAGCAGCACUAACCCUGCCCUCCGUGGGUUUGCAUUACAGGAACAUGCAGUGAUUUGCUGCUUUGCCUUUAGACCCAUCCCAACCAUCAGGGUGUGUGGUAUAUGGUGUGUGUGGGAGGGGAGAUCUACUGCCUCUGUAAUAAAUGAUAGAGGAUACAAUGACUUUGCUCUCUUUGCUGGGUCGGAUCAUGCGUUACUUCUUACUGAGACCAGAGACGCUGUUCCUGCUAUGCAUCAGCCUGGCCCUAUGGAGCUACUUCUUCCAUACGGAUGAAGUGAAAACCAUUGUCAAGUCCAGCAGGGACGCAGUGAAAAUGGUGAAAGGCAAGGUAGCAGAAAUUAUGCAAAAUGACCAACUUGGGGGUCUGGAUGUGCUGGAUGCAGAGUUUUCCAAGACCUGGGAAUUUAAGAACCACAAUGUGGCUGUUUAUUCUAUCCAAGGCCGGAGAGACCACAUGGAAGACAGGUUUGAAGUGAUCACGGAUCUGGUGAACAAGACUCAUCCAUCCAUAUUUGGGAUAUUUGAUGGACACGGCGGAGAGUCAGCAGCAGAAUAUGUGAAGUCCCGUUUACCAGAAGUCCUAAAGCAACACCUUCAAGAUUAUGAGAAAGAUAAGGAGAACAGUGUAUUAUCCUAUCAAACCAUCCUGGAGCAACAAAUUCUCUCAGUUGACCGAGAAAUGCUGGAAAAAUUGACUGUAUCCUAUGAUGAGGCAGGAACAACGUGUUUGAUUGCUUUACUGUCCGAUAAAGAGCUCACGGUGGCCAACGUUGGAGAUUCAAGGGGGGUUUUGUGCGAUAAGGAUGGAAAUGCUAUUCCUUUGUCUCAUGACCACAAGCCUUAUCAGCUGAAAGAAAGAAAGAGGAUUAAAAGAGCUGGUGGCUUCAUCAGUUUCAAUGGUUCCUGGCGUGUUCAGGGGAUCCUGGCCAUGUCUCGUUCUCUUGGGGAUUACCCGCUGAAAAAUCUGAAUGUUGUCAUCCCUGAUCCAGAUAUCUUGACCUUUGACCUGGACAAACUCCAGCCAGAGUUCAUGAUCUUAGCUUCCGAUGGGCUCUGGGAUGCUUUCAGUAAUGAGGAAGCGGUGCGGUUCAUCAAAGAACGUUUAGAUGAGCCACAUUUUGGAGCCAAGAGUAUAGUGCUCCAGUCUUUUUAUAGGGGAUGCCCUGACAACAUUACAGUCAUGGUGGUUAAGUUCAAAAGCAGCAACAAAGUGGAAGACCAAUAAAAAGAGAAAGAAAGGGGGAAAAAAGAAAGAGAAAGAAAGAGAAAAGUAAUACCACACUCUGCCUCUCACUUGGCGAACUUCUUCAUUUAACCUUUACAUUCAACACAGUAGACGUUUGUAGCAAGUAUAUUAGUGUUAAAGUUGUACAUCCAAAAAAUGAGAGUAGAAAAACCACUCUUUUUGCUAAACACAGCAAACAAAAGUCAACAAUUCAAUUUAUUUUAUUUUUUUAAUGAAAAGGAUCUCUUUUAUUUUCUAGAUCUCUAAUGAUCUCAGCUUAGAAAAUCCUUCAGUUAUAAAGGACUGUGACUCCUGCUUCAGAGUCUGCAAUUCCCUUAGUUUUCACUAAUAGCUUAGAAUUGCAUUUGGAUUUGGGCAGCUAAGAUAUGAGACUUGAGACUGGCAUGGGAUUGCCAUCAGUGUAACUAUUCAUUCUAGCAUCGUCUCCUUCAUAUUGCUACACCUGCUUAGUUAAAACUUAGUUAAACUGCAGAAGGAACAAAGGCGGGUAGCUGACAGUUUGUAGUUGUUGACUCAAAACAAGGAGGGUCCACAACUACUGUCCCUUCCCAUUAGUAUACAUCCUGCUAUAUCAUUAGCAUUAAACAAUUGAGCUUUUCCAAUUGACGUGUUUAUAAGGUUUGUGUGCAUGCCUCUGAAUGAUCUUUGUUUCUUUUUAAAAAUCUAGCCAGUAGAUAACUUUUGAGGUCCAUGCUCAUUGAAAAAUGUCCCCUUUAUUAAUUCUUGUUUCUGGAUGGGCUGAAUUAAUUCUUGUUUCUAGUUUAGGGUCAUAACUCUGUGCAGUUCAGACAUCAAAAACUGGUAUAAAAUGUAUCUUUAGCUUAGAAGAUUCUGAUAUAAGACUUUAGCAUUUCUAAACUUGGUAUUUAGAGGAUAAGGCUAGGAUAUUAAUGAAGCCAGCAAACUGAAAUAGGAACUUAGUGCCAAACUGGUGAAAAAAACAGGUAGAGCAUUUUUUUCUUUUUUUCAUUAGCAGUGAAGCUUUGUUCCAAAACAGAAAAAUUAUUAAGCAAGUUUUACAAUUUAAAUAUUUAAUGACGUAAAUCAUCAAAAGCCAGGCCUAGUAGUAAGUGUUGCCUGCAUAUACAGUAGCUGCAAUUUGAAAUCUAUUAAGCUGGCUGCUUAAUUCCAGUGUGCCUAUCAUUUACGUAUCUCAUGACCAACUUUCUGCAGAUUGAUAGCUCCAGAUGUGUUGGGCUGCAGUUCUCAUAAUUUCAGUUCCAACAUCUGGAAAGUGAAAGGUUGAGAAGGCUUUGGGUAACAAGAUACACUUUGUUGUAAUCAGUGAUGGUAUCUGACCUUGAGCUAUUUGCUGCAUCAUUCAAAAUGUAACUUCUUUCUGUCGUUCAAAUUAUGAAGUAUGACCAGGCAUUCUGAUUUACGAUGGAUCCAGUAGAAUUUUUCUGCAAGCAGAAGAGGCAUUAAUGGAUGCUAUCACUGAGGAACUCAAAUAGCAUUAUUUCCAAAAGAAAACAAAAUUAGACUUGUUAAUAUGUGGAAUAUGUCUACAGGCUGUAAUUUAGAAUCAAAACUAUAGAAACGUGAGUCAAAAUGCCCCAUUAGAUUGCUACAAAGAUGUUCUAAUUAAUUGGACAUUGCCAGGAUUAAUAAUUUGUGAAGUGCUAUUUAAUCUUAUUUCAUUCUCCAUUGGUAUAUAGAGGAUUAACUCAGAGCCAAUAGGGAAGGUGGCUUAGUCCAUCCCUGAAGUGGUUGGGUAACUUGAAAUUCAUAUAGUGGAUUAACACAGGGGUAGGCAACUAUGGCCCUUUUACAACCUGUAAAGCAUGGCUGGCUCAAGAAUUCUGGGAGUUGAAGUCCAUAGGUCAUAAUGAGGCCAUAAUUGUCCACCUCUGGAUUAAGAUAUACCAAGUGUGUAUUACUUGCUUCUGAUAUCUUUGUUUCUUGCCUUUGUUAUGUCUUCUUAGAGACAUUACUUAGAUUCUCAAAAUAUUAUUAGGUUUGCUAGUUUUGAUUGAAUGAUUACAUGCCAUCAAGUUGAUACUGACUCUUGCAGACUACAUAGAUAGAGUUCCUCCAUGAUGAUCUGUCCCUAACCUGGUCCUUUAGCAAUUUCACUGGUGCACUCAUUUGUCCUGUUGACCUCUUCUUCUUUUUUCCUUCCCCCAUCCCAGCAUUAAAACUUUUUCCAGAGAGCUCGGUCUUUGCAUAAUGUCUAAAACGGGAUGGGUUUCCUAGUUUUAGCUUCAGAUUAUUUGGGUGAUAAAAGAAAAAUAACAAUAUGUUUCCCUGAUCUUUAUUUUGUUGCAUGCUUGAAUAAAAAUGAAGAGGCAUCUUCAAGUUAAAGCCCUAUUUUAAAAAAAUAAAUAAAAUG